UCCCACGCACCCUCUUUCCCCGGCCACCACACCGUGAGUGUAUAACUCACUGUUCUUCAGUACCUUUAAAAAAGAAAAAAAAAAACAACAUAAAAAAUACAAAAUACCGAAAAUCUCAAAAAAUAACUACUUUAAAACAACGUUUUUAAAAGGGCAAACUUUUUUGUUUUUGUUUUUUAAAAGACAAGGUCUCGAACUACCAAGACGAUUUCUGAAGCCAGUUCCUCGCGACCGGACUCCAUAUGCUGUAGCUGUCAGUGCUACCGACAUCGUUUAUUUGGAGAGUAGCGUAAAAGUUUAAUAGACUCAUUUGUCCCUCUGGUUCUAGGACACUCUUUACGCACUGUCAUUUCAGCACUAGACAAAACACACGAGCUCAAAGGCUUGAACGACACCGAGACAUGAACGCAGCGACCGCGGGGAGUUAUCCGAUGGCUUCUCUCUAUGUGGGCGACCUGCACCCUGAUAUCACGGAGGCUAUGCUGUAUGAGAAAUUCAGUCCGGCCGGCCCGGUGCUGUCCAUCCGCGUGUGUCGGGAUAUGAUCACGCGGCGCUCGCUGGGCUAUGCCUACGUCAACUUCCAGCAGCCUGCGGACGCGGAGAGAGCUUUGGACACAAUGAACUUCGAUGUGGUCAAAGGAAAGCCGAUCAGAAUCAUGUGGUCACAAAGAGAUCCAUCACUUAGGAAAUCCGGGGUUGGAAAUGUCUUCAUCAAAAAUCUGGACAAAUCCAUUGACAACAAGGCCCUGUAUGAUACCUUCUCUGCUUUCGGAAACAUCCUGUCCUGCAAGGUGGUGUGCGAUGAGAACGGAUCUAAGGGCUACGCCUUUGUGCAUUUUGAAACUCAGGACGCAGCUGACCGUGCCAUCGAGAAGAUGAACGGCAUGCUGCUGAACGACCGCAAGGUGUUUGUGGGCCGUUUCAAGUCCAGGAAGGAGAGGGAAGCAGAAAUGGGUGCCAAAGCCAAAGAGUUCACCAAUGUUUACAUCAAGAACUUCGGCGAGGACAUGGAUGAUCAGAGACUGAAGGAGCUCUUUGAUAAAUAUGGUAAAACACUGAGCGUGAAGGUCAUGACCGACCCCACAGGGAAAUCGCGCGGAUUUGGGUUUGUUAGCUACGAGAAGCAUGAGGAUGCUAAUAAGGCUGUAGAAGACAUGAACGGUACGGAGCUCAAUGGCAAGACAGUGUUUGUUGGCCGAGCACAGAAAAAGAUGGAGAGACAAGCAGAACUCAAGAGGAAGUUUGAACAGCUCAAACAGGAAAGAAUCAGCAGAUAUCAGGGUGUAAAUUUGUAUAUCAAGAAUCUUGAUGACACCAUCGAUGAUGAGAAACUUCGUAAAGAGUUCUCUCCUUUCGGCUCCAUUACCAGUGCCAAGGUGAUGUUGGAGGACGGCAGGUCCAAAGGUUUUGGCUUUGUGUGUUUCUCCUCACCUGAGGAGGCCACAAAGGCCGUGACAGAGAUGAACGGGCGUAUUGUGGGCUCCAAACCACUGUACGUGGCCCUGGCCCAACGUAAAGAAGAACGCAAAGCUCAUCUGACCAACCAGUACAUGCAGCGCAUCGCUGGCAUGAGGGCCAUGCCUGCCAACGCCAUCAUCAACCAGUUCCAGCCUGCCGGCGGUUACUUCAUGCCAGCUGUGCCACAGGCCCAGAACAGAACAACAUACUAUGCACCAAACCAGCUCACCCAGAUGCGUCCGAACCCUCGCUGGCAGCAGCAGGGUGGCAGAGGUCAGGGUGGCUUCCAGGGCAUGCCCAGCUCCUUGCGCCAGCCAGGGCCCCGUGCCAACAUACGCCACUUGGCACCUAAUGCGUCCACCCAAGGCCCACGCGGGAUCCCCACAGGUGCACAGAGAGUGGGAGGCACUGGCCAACCAAUGGGUCCUCGCCCUGCCAUGGGGGUGACAACCCCACGUGCUAUGCCCCCAUACAAGUACGCCACCACCAUACGAAACACUCAGCCUCAGGUAGUGCAGCCCAUUACACUUCAACAGGCUCAGCCGGCCGUUCAUGUGCAGGGUCAGGAGCCUCUGACUGCCUCCAUGUUAGCUGCCGCCCCUCCUCAGGAACAGAAACAGAUGCUUGGUGAGCGAUUGUUCCCUCUCAUCCAGGCAAUGCACCCCAGUCUAGCCGGGAAGAUCACAGGAAUGCUUCUUGAGAUCGACAACUCUGAGCUGCUGCACAUGCUGGAGUCCCAUGAGUCUCUGCGCUCCAAGGUGGAGGAGGCUGUUGCAGUGCUUCAGGCUCAUCAGGCCAAGAAAGACGCCACACAGAAAGUGGGAGUCACUGCUGCGACUGCAGCCGCAACAUCUUGACCGGGUGAAGCUGAAAGACUGAAGAGAGAUCACCACUGUCUGGUGUCGUCUGGUGGCAACCAAUAGGAACACAAAAAAUAAAAUAUGAAAAAAAAAAAGAAAAAUACAAAAUGAUACUUGAACAUAAAGAAUACAAAUUUUGUUGCAGGGUUUAUAUUUUUAACUCUGUAAUGAUUUUUAUCACCUAAAGUUAAUUUAAAAAGAAAAAAGAGUCAAUUCUGUGAGGGAAGAGCCUCUGUAUUGUGGCCAGGACUGACUUUUUCUAUGAGGAAGUGGAAACUUGGUUCUUCUGUGAGAUGUGUGUUUGCUGCUUUGAUUGGACCUCACUUGUCCCAUGACAAUAACCCGAGUGGUGUGGCACUCUAAAUAAAGGGAUGACUAUUUAAAAUGAA